GGUCCGCCGGGGUCCCCUCCCUCGGGCCGCCCCCAGCACCGACUUGGCGCGAGCCUAUAAAAGCCGGCCACCGUGCGACCCGCGGACACACGCUGUAGGCUCGGGAGCCGCUGCCACUUGAAGGGCGCCAACUCCUGCACUGCCGCGACCGCCGCGCCACCAUGUCCCAUCACUGGGGGUACGGCAGCCAGAACGGACCUCAGCACUGGCAUAAAGAGUUCCCCAUUGCCAACGGAGAGCAUCAGUCUCCUGUCGACAUCAGUACCAAGGCAGUCACGUAUGAUCCCGCCCUGAAGCCUCUGCACCUUCACUAUGACCAUGCUGCUUCGCUAAAGAUCCUCAACAAUGGUCACUCCUUCAACGUGGAGUUUGAUGACUCCCAGGACAAAGCAGUGCUGAAAGACGGCCCCCUGGAUGGCGUGUACAGAUUGGUUCAGUUUCACUUUCACUGGGGCUCUUCUGAUAAGCAAGGUUCUGAGCAUACUGUGGAUAAAGUGAAAUAUGCUGCAGAGCUGCACUUGGUGCACUGGAACACCAAAUAUGAGAGUUUUGGAAAAGCUGCACAACACCCUGAUGGACUGGCUGUUUUGGGUGUUUUUUUAAAGAUUGGCAGUGCUAAGCCAGGCCUGCAGAAAGUCCUUGAUAUGCUGGAUUCCAUUAAAACCAAGGGUAAGAGUGCUGCAUUCACUGGCUUUGACCCUCGUGUUCUCCUUCCUGAAAGCUUGGACUACUGGACUUACCCAGGCUCACUGACCACGCCUCCUCUUCUGGAAAGUGUGACCUGGAUUGUACUCAAGGAACCCAUCACCGUAAGCAGUGAGCAGAUGUUAAAGUUCCGUGGCCUUCACUUCAACGCAGAAGGUGAAGCUGAAGAACCAAUGGUGGAUAACUGGCGCCCAGCUCAGCCAUUGAAGAACAGGAAAAUCAAAGCCUCCUUCAAAUAAGAAAGGCUCCAGAGUGGGUGUGGUCUUCUAGGGUUUUCCUGUAGCUUAGCACAAACCUACCUUGGUGAUUUGGACCCCAGCUGCUUUUCUAGAUCCUUCAUCUCUCCCCCGAUGUGCUAACUAAUCAACUGUGAAGAGCAAGGCCAGGUGUCGUACUGGACAGAGUGCUGUACGGGGUCAGUGCUCAGCUUCUGGUGUAGCCUUUGCAUAACAGGAAUCUAACAUGAAGGGUAGGAAGAAAGCACCUCGACUUCCUUCACACCUUGUAGGGUAACGAGCACUUGGUACUGUUCAUUAAAAUGCUAUUUUUAAAACAUAGGAGAGUAGAAUGGUUCCAUUCAAAUCCAUGUCUUAAGACAAAGUUAGCUAACAGGCAAAACAGAGAAAAUAUUUUAUAUAAUAUAAAUCAAACAAAUGUUUGUGAUCCCAAGAUGCUGCAUUAAAGAAAAACUUUUAAAAUUAUUAUAUAUUUGCAGCAAAGUUAUCUUAAAGAUGAAUUAUGUUGUAAUUUAGUGGCUUUUGAACUCUAGGGAUAUAAAUGAAGUAUAUCUGUAAAAAUUGUUAUAGUUGUGAUACAGAGUAUAUUUCCAUUCAAAUGAUACCAUAACUUAAUAAAUAUUGUAUUUUAGAUAUAUUCUCUAAUAAAAUUCGUAAUUCUA